CUGCAGUGGAGAUCAGAUUACUCGAGCAUGGCUCAUGCUGAAGAGGGCGGGUGAAUAACCCUCUCCACUGUCUGUCUCAAACUCCUCCAGGACAGAGAGCCUAAACUCCACAUUCACAGCCGCAGUCUGCGCAGUUUCUGCCAGAGGACACAUCUCACUGCUUUCACGUGCAUUAGUCCAAACAAUGUAAGGAACAUGGCUGACAGAAGGUCUGACUGGGUGGAGAUCUUGGAGCCGCGCUCGAGGGAGCGCAUGUAUGUCAACCUGCUGACCAGCGAGUGCGGGUGGGAACUACCGCCCGGUGUCCCGGUCCGUCAGUCAGACGGCAACCAGUGGUGGGAGCUUUUUGACAGCAAUAACAAUCGGUUCUACUACUACAACUGCACAAGCCAGCAGACGGUCUGGCAUAGGCCUAAAGACAGUGACAUAGUGCCUCUAGCACAGCUCCAAGCCAUGAGGAGGAGCUCUGAGGCCGAGCUGAGGGGUCAAGGGAGGAUCCAGAGAGGUCCGGCGGAUGGCAAGCAGACACCCCAACCUGGACUGGGGUCUUCUUCACUGGAGCAGGAGAGUGGGAGGGAGACGCCAUCGUCCCGGGGUAAAGGAGACAGUUUUGAGAGAAGGAACCAGGGAAAUAGGGACGCCGCUCAAAGAUGGCAGCCUGCUCCUGGAUCCAAGGCUGCCAUGUUGGUGAAAGUUAACAGCAUUGGAAGAAACCAGUCUCUGGGUCCAUCUACCACCCACCAACUUCUCCAUUUCAACCCCACCAACACUAGCACUUCACCCAAACCAGGUUACACAGCGCAACUUGACAGAACCGGUUUGUUCAGUAAAAUGGCCGUUCCUGGAGACUCCAAGCAGGGUUACCACCUCAGAAAGGGGGAUGCCAACUUCUGUCUGGUUUUACCCUCUUCUAGCUCUUCCUCUUACUCUGCCCAACAGCGCUCUGGUGCAGGUACACCUCGCCCCUCCUCUCCUCAAUACGGAGCUACACCCUCAGCACCCAUCUACGAUGAACCUCCACCCAUUGACUCCCCAAUUUAUGAUGAACCCCCAGUGGAAAUGGAAGUAGAAAGUGCGCACCACUUACACCGAGUACCCUACUCUACCAGUCACAGCCUGCCUAGAGGAACCCAGCCUCCUAAACUCCUCCAGUUCCCCCAUUCCAAACACAUCUGCAGCUCCUCAGCUAGUGAAUACAGCCCGGCCGGCCGGGAGUGCAUCAAACACAUGGUGAACGUGGAUGCAGCUGCAUCCAAGCACCAGCCCCAGACAUCUAACCCCAUCGAGGAGCCUUCAAAUACAGCCAGUCCUCAAAUACAGCCCCAGUCUCCAGUCUCUGCCCAGAUUAAGAAGGAAGUCUCUGUAGAGAAGAAGCAAUCAUGGAGGCUGUUGGAGCCCCGCCACAGCCGUCAAAGCAGCCAGGCCUCUCAGGAGUACCCAGGCCCUGCUGCCGUCACGUACCAGGACUCUGGCUACUCCACAGGGCCAUCCCCAAGUCUGCGAAGGAAGAGCCGACGUCGUGCAGCUCUUUUCACUGGGUCGGGUCGACCCGGAUCAGUGGGCAGCAGUGGGGAGUUGAAUGCGUUAAAUGAGAAGCUGAUGGCGGAAAUGAGGGCAGUGGUAAACCGUUCCAAUGCACUACAUGGAAGCAAGGCCAGUCUGGACACUGAGAUGGGCUCAGAGGCUUCUGGAAGUACUGCCCGCUCCCCGGUCAGUUCAUUGAAGAUGGGGGCAAGAGGGAGCGAAUCGAGGGAGGAUGUGACAUCAAGUAACCGAUCACUGUACAGGGGCGGGGUCAACAACCACAGUGAUGUCAUUCUGUCACCACUGGUGACAGAUGGGCUUGGAGGCAGGCAAAAGAGGACAUAUGAGAAAGUGGAUUCGCUGGAGAAGAGCGUAACAUCGCAGACCAGCUUGGCAUCCCCAGAACCACCAAGGUCACCCUCACAGACAGGAACACUGGAAUCCAAAACUCAACAGGACAGCUCGCCCCAGGACUGUGACCAUGACAGAGCUCUCACCCAUAAAAACAACAACAACAGUUCCCCUCCUUCCGUUGGCAGCACGGGUUCUGGUUACCAGUACCCAUACACCACCCUCUGCAAACCUACACCCGACGACAACAUGGAGGACUGGGCCAGCAAGAACCUUAACCAGCACACGCAGGGCCUGUUUCGUCGGCGUGUCUCUAUUGCUAAUAUGCUCUCGUGGAACCGUGGCUCCAUUAAGAAACCCAUGCUGAUCACCAGCGACCGGUUUGUCAAGAAGGAAGCCUGCGAGAUGUUCAAGCUGGUCCAAGCCUACAUGGGCGACAGGCCGGCCAGGUUGGACAAACGCCAGGCGGCCCUUCAGGUGGUCACGAAGUGCUGGGGGAUGCAAGGCUUGAGGGACGAACUGUAUGUGCAGUUGGUGCGACAGACCACUGGAAACUUGAGUUUGAGGAGUUUGGAGGCGGGCUGGGAGAUGAUGGCCAUCAGCCUAGCGUUCUUCUCACCUUCGCCCAAGUUUAGGUGCUACUUGGAAGGCUACAUCCAGCGACACCUUGAGCCCAGUAAUGAUAAGAAAAUACUGCAGCACAUCAUGGAGCAGCAGGACAUAAAAAACAAGAAGAAUUCAAAAUCCAGGAAGAAGAGGCGACAGAACAACGAGGAAGAAGAGGAUGAGGGUCUUCCCAUCAGCACUUACGCAAAGUACUGCUACCGUAAGCUGCAAAAAGUGGCCAUUACUGGGGGCAAGAAGGGUCUGAGGAAGCCCACUCUGGAGGAGAUUGACCACAGUCGGCACGCCAUCGUGACCCCGUCUCUGUUCGGCAGCGCUCUGGAGGAGAUCAUGGAGAGGCAGAGUGAGCUCUUCCCCGAGAGGAAGCUGCCCUGGGUGCAGGUGCAGCUCUCUCAGUAUGUGCUGGCCCUGGGUGGAGCCCAGACCGAGGGCAUAUUCAGAGUACCAGGCGAUAUUGAUGAGGUGAACGCUCUCAAGCUACAGGUGGACCAGUGGAAACUUCCAGACAACCUCUCUGAUCCCAAUGUCCCCGCGUCUCUGUUGAAGCUGUGGUACAGAGAGCUGGAGGAGCCGGUGAUUCCUCAGAGCUUCUAUAAGCAGUGCAUCAGUCACUAUGAAGAUCCUGACGCAGCCAUCAGUGUGGUUCAGUCGCUCCCGGAGCUCAACAGACUCGUGCUCUGCUACUUCAUCAACUUCUUACAGGUCUUUGCUCAGCCGGUGAACGUGAGUAGGACUAAGAUGGACGUGAAUAAUUUGGCGAUGGUCAUGGCUCCAAACUGUCUGCGCUGUCAGUCCGAUGAUCCUCGGGUCAUCUUUGAAAACACGCGGAAAGAGAUGUCCUUCCUCCGCAUACUCAUCGUCCACUUGGACACCAGCUUCAUCACGGGCUUAAUCUAGUUAUUUUGCGGCAUAGUUCAGAUCGAAUCAUUCAGGAGAUGAUAGGAAUCAGGACCUUCUUCUGCUCAUCCUAAUAUUAGUUCGGACAGCGUCUCAACUAAUCCAGCUUUGUCUCAAUGUGAAUCAUCUUGAACUUGAUUCUUAUGACUCUUCUUGAAGCCAGACAUCGUUGGAACUCAAUCAAAUGACUCAAUUUGAUUCCGCUACAAAUCAAAUGCAUGACGUUUGUUAUUUCUUCUGUCUUUUAUAUUGAUUAGCAGGGAAAUACAUCCAUUGGACAAUCAUAAUCGUUAUAACACACAUGCAAAAUGACCUGCGGCAUGUUUCCUUAAUUUAAUAUGGUGUGAGUGUUCUGAUUAUUUAAUAUUGUCCGUUUGUAAGCUCAUGUAUGAGUGCGGGGAGAUUUUCUGACUUCAGUUCUGUGUACAAGGCUAAGCGUAAAGAGCUGUGGACCACAAAGACAGCUCUAAAAUACUAGUGGUCAAGCUUUGAGCUUGAGGUAUGGUGCCUUACAUGGAGAAUGAUCGCUGAUGUAUAAGAUGCACAAGUGCCCUUAAACACACCCUCCUCGUUU